AUGGAAAGCAAUUUUCCCAAGGGUGGAAAUCAAUUUCCUUUUAUUUCUUUUAGUGUCGACGAAAGUGUGACACCCAAGAAGCCUACCUCUCUGCUAGAGGUAGCAAAGCAACGUGAAUUGAGUGGCACUCUAGAAGCUGAGGCAGACUUAAAGAUCAAAAAGGGACUGUCAUAUGCCAAGUGUAAGGAACUCAGUGGAAAUAACAUUUUUGGCCCACCUCUGGAAAAUCUUCCUCGAUCAUUGGUUGUUGCACGUUCAUUGGAGUCAAAAGAAAAGGACAUGGGUGAGCCAGCACCAAGAAAUCUUCCAACCCUGCUGGAGGACAGAGUAAUAUUAUGUUUGAGGAUUCCGUGA